AUCCGGUGGUGUCCCAAGAACCGGAAUCACGUUAUUCCUCGCAACAUCAGCAAGCGAAACAUAGCUACAGUAGCUAGCGAUAGGUGUUACAGAUCUAGUUAAGAUUUUCCUUGAAGCAUGUCUGAAAGAAAAGUUUUAAACAAAUACUAUCCCCCAGACUUCGACCCUUCAAAAAUCCCAAAGCUCAAACUUCCCAAAGAUCGUCAGUAUGUUGUAAGAUUGAUGGCUCCAUUCAACAUGAGGUGUAAGACGUGCGGAGAGUACAUUUACAAGGGGAAGAAGUUUAAUGCUCGCAAAGAGACUGUUCAGAAUGAGCUGUACAUGGGACUUCCCAUCUUCCGGUUCUACAUUAAGUGUACUCGUUGCUUGGCAGAGAUUACCUUCAAGACUGAUCCUGAGAACACUGACUAUGCCAUGGAACACGGUGCCACAAGGAACUUCCAGGCAGAGAAACUGAUUGAGGAAGAGGAGAAGAAGAUACAGAGGGAGAGAGAAGAGGAGGAACUGAAUAACCCCAUGAAGGUUCUGGAGAACCGAACACGGGACUCUAAAAUGGAAAUGGAGGUUCUGGAAAAUCUUCAGGAGCUGAAGGAACUGAACCAGAGACAGGCCCAGGUGGACUUUGAGGGAAUGAUUGGCCUGUACCGAGACCUGGAGCAGAGAGAAAAAGAGCGUGAGAAAGAGGAGGAUGAGAGAGAUACCAGAGAUAUGUUGGAGCGAGCCCUGGUUAAGAGACUGAGAGACUCAGAUUCUGACCCAGAUGAGGAGAACAGCAGAACUAAACCAAAGAGACCCAGCACAGACAAGCCUACUGACAUCCUGACCACAGACAAACCCACAGAUACACAGGGGCCCUCUGGAGGGGUGAAGAAGCCUAAGGUGGAGAGCUGGGAGCGGAGUGUGGGAACCCUGGGGGGUGGAGGGGCUUUGGGAUUACUGGUGGUGAGGAGGAAACCAGUAGGGGAUGUUGUUAGCAAAGCUGGGUCAACUGGCCCUCCAGCAGCCACUUACUCCCACCCAGUCUCAACAACUGUUCCACCUGCUGCUCCAGCUAAAAUGUUCGCCACAAAGAAUGGGUCAUCGCUCAGCCUUGUAGGGGCAUAUUCUGACAGUGAUGACAGCGAAUGAGAACAAAGGAAAAACUGAUAAGGGCCUAGUGAAACAUGUUUAUCCCUGGACUUCCAAAACAGUAUAUAUAUUGUGUUUUUCUGUUGUUAUGAAAGUCAACUGUUUAGUGUCCGUGUAAUCAAGUUUUUUUGGGCCCUAAACUGUUUAGAUUAAAUCUUGGAAAUGCAAUAUGGGUGGGGCAGGUGCCUGCGGUUACAUACAUGGUGUGCACUUGUCUGCAUCUUGUUUGAAUCAGACCAGAGUUUGGGGUUUGGUGUUUUUUUACUUUGGUUUGUGGAGAUGUGUCAACAAGAGAUGCUUCUGUACAUCAAACACUAAAGAAACCUGAUAUCAGCCCUUUUGGUUUUAACACACAUAGUCCUUACCCAAACCUGUAAACCUGGCAUGCAUUUGUUGGGAUAACAUUUUUUUGUAAUUAAAUCUGUGGUUCUCAAAUCCUCACUAUCCAUAUACAAUGUUAAGGCUUUGUUAAGCAGAAAAGUGUUUUUAAUGUCAAUAAAAAAAAAUAUUGCCGUAA